UGCCCGCAGGUCACCAAGGUGCUGGGCCGGACCGGCUCCCAGGGGCAGUGCACGCAGGUGCGCGUGGAGUUCAUGGACGACACGAGCCGCUCCAUCAUCCGCAACGUGAAGGGACCGGUGCGAGAGGGAGACGUCCUCACCCUGCUCGAGUCGGAACGCGAGGCGCGGCGGCUGCGCUGAGCUCUGCGGGCCGCCCCAGCUGCC